AUGCUUGCAACCCUAUGGUCAUCGGAAAAGAGAAUGGAACUUGCUACCAUGGAACUCAAUUGGAUUAACUCGAAACGAUAUACAUUAGACCAGGGAAUUUUGGAUUUGCUGAAGGAGAGACCUCCACAAAUCACCGUUGAUUGUAACAGGACGUCAGCAGCUUGUGCCUUCCAAUUUUGGAUUGAUCAGAAGGAGAGCUUUUAUUGCGCUUUGGAGGGCUGUGACUUUAUUGAAGAAAACACGUAUGCCCGAAACGUAUCAAAGUAUAGAUGUGCUAGCAUCCAAUGCAAGUGCGUUCCUGGACGUAUGUUAUGUGGAGAAAAGGAUUCUAUCGACUUGUCAGAAUGGAUGACAGAUCCGGAUGAAGGACCUCGUGGUCCUGGCCAAAUCUCGUGUUAUGAGGAUAAUAUAAAUCCAACCCCAUCCAGAAUGUGUCGAUUCGAAGAACCCAAUAUGAACAAGUUGAUUGCCGAUUUCUUUGGUGAUCCAUAUAUCACUCUUAGCUGCCACUCUGGUGAAUGUCUUCACUACUCUGAAUUGCCAGGAUAUGAACGACCAUCACCUGGUCAAGGAUUCUCACCACUAGUCAUAGUGUUACUGACAAUUGGUGGUGUAGGAUUGAUUGUCGUCGUAUUUGGAUCGGUUAUGUAUGUUGGGCGACAAGGUGACAAGGAUACAAAGGGAUAUCUUCCAAUUGAUGGAGAGGAGCCUGACUUUGAACAGCAGGCUGAGCUUCGACGACAAAACAUGAUGACGAAUCAUGUGCCUUGUACCUUGAUGUUUAGAGACCUAUCCUAUGUCAUAGAUCGUAAAGCUCGUGCUGGAUUCUUGUCUAUUGGAGGAUCUACUCAGUCUUCUGCUAGACCCAGUGUAGCGGAAGGACUGCCACCUCAGCCUGUAUCCGCUACAGGAGACCGUAUAGUCGUAUUAGACGGUGUACAGGGUAUUGUAAGACCUGGCGAAGUACUGGCCAUCAUGGGUGGAUCUGGUGCAGGAAAAACCACAUUUUUAGAUAUAUUAGCCAGGCGUAACAAGGCUGGUAUUGUUGGUGGAGAGAUUCUAGUCAAUGGGCAUUUUGUGACCGAUGAAGAAUAUAAGUCCAUCAUUGGGUACGUUGAUCAAGAAGAGACCUUGAUGGAGACACUGACGGUCUAUGAGACCAUCUUGUAUUCCGCUUUGUUGCGAUUACCUCGCUCCAUGUCAUACAAAGCUAAAUGUCAACGAGUAUCAGAAACCAUGCUCGAACUGGAUAUUCUCAGCAUCGCCAAUCGACGUGUUGGUGGUAAAGGGGAACGAGGUAUUAGUGGUGGAGAGAAACGACGUGUCUCUAUAGCGUGUGAACUUGUCACUAGCCCUUCCAUUCUAUUCCUGGACGAACCGACUUCUGGCCUGGACUCGUACAAUGCGUAUAACGUCAUUGAGUGUCUGGUAGCAUUAGCUCGAAACUUCCAGCGAACUGUAGUAUUCACCAUCCAUCAACCCAGAUCCAAUAUCUAUGCUUUAUUCGAUCAACUAGUGUUACUGGCUAAAGGUCGAACAGUCUAUUCAGGGCCAGCUCAGGAGCUCGUUAUCGACCAUUUCUCGUCGUUGGGCUUCGAUUGUCCUCUAGGUUUCAAUAUUGCCGAUUAUCUAGUCGAUUUGACGAUGCAUGCUGUCGAGACGACCAUGAAUGCAGAUUCAAACAAUCCGUUAAUGCAAAGUCCGACAGAUGCUGUAAUAAACUUUGAGACACCUGCUCCUUCACCAGGCCGACCAGGAGUUAAGAGGAAAUCCUCCAUUCGUGCUCGUCAAGAAGAAAAUCUGUUUACUCCACAUGCACGAUCAACUCAUCCUAGCCCAAUGAGUACUAAACGAGAACUAUCAUCAACAAACCUGAGCAAAUCCAAGUCUCCUGCUGCUACUGGCUCUAAUAAUAUCGAACAGACACAGAAACGAACGGAUGUAGAUGAAAUAGAUGACUCGCUCAAUGAUCUUUUGGACGAAGAUUGGGGUGCAGGCCAGCAGGCUGGUAGUGGUGCAAACCCAUCUAAAUCGAGACAGGGCUCGUCCAAGAAAUCACCAAAAUCUCCGUCGAAUGCCGAUAGAUCCGUGCUAUCAACAUCUGCACCGGCUGGUUUAGGCCUCCUCGGUGAAGCAUCAUUAGCAGGUCGUGAGUCGCUAUCGUCUAUUAGAGCAAGACGACAAGCGUCAGUAGUAAAUGGCUCUCCCAUUAUAUCCGACCACCUACAGCUUCUGAUUGAUGGAUACUCUUCAUCGGAUAUAGCACGACAAUGUCACAAUGAGAUUGAAGCUGCUGCAACUGUUACUGGGUUCAGUGAGCUGCGACGAGCGGCUUCUACUGGCUCUAAUGGAAGAUUUAUGAUGGGAAGGUCAGGUAGUAGUGAGAACAGAAAUGGUCUUGGACACGGAUCGGAUGGUCGCCAGACUGGUCAAGCAUCCGCUAUGCCGUAUCCUGUUGCUCAACGGCCUAGCAAUGCACCUGUUGCCACUGGAACAAUACAAAAGAUAUACGACUUCGUAUUCCCAAAUACUGCUCGAGCAUCAUGGUGGGAUCAAUUCCUUAUAUUGUCUGGUCGUACCUUCAAAAACUUGUAUAGAAACCCGCUAUUACUGAAGCUGCAGUACAUAUUGUCUGUGGGUCUCGCCAUCAUAUUAGGACUCAUGUACUACAAACUUGGUUUUGACUUGCCUAGCUUCCAGAAUCGUAUGGGCCUCUUCUUCUUUGUUUGUGUUGUAUUUGCUCUUGCAUGUCUUAGCUCAAUGCAGCUGUUUGCAUCUGAAAGGUUAAUAUUUAUGAGAGAACGUGCGAAUGGUUAUUAUAGUCCAAUCACCUACUUCACUUCCAAAAUCUUGUUUGACUUGCUACCACUCCGUGUCGUCCCGCCAAUCCUCCUAGGCCUGAUUGUAUACCAAAUGGCAGGCCUUCGAGCCGACUCUCCCGAAUAUCUCCUAAAAUUCCUCUUGACGCUGGUAUCAUUCAACGCUACAGCAGCGGCAGCAUGUCUACUUAUCUCCAUCAUGGUACCCGAUCUGGCAUCAGCGAGUCUGGUAGCAACAGUAGUAAUACUAUUUGAAAUGCUUUUCGGAGGAUUGCUACUCAACAAGCCAUCCAUUCCUGUAUAUUUGAGUUGGCUAAAUACCGCCAGUUACUUUAAUUGUGCUCUAGAGGCUCUUGUUGUUAAUGAGGUCAAUGGACUCAAGCUUUUUGAUGACAAGUUUGGGCUAAUGAUUGAUGUUCCUGGAGCUAUCAUAUUGAAGGAAUUUGGAUUUGAUUCGCAAGGGUUUUGGCCAGAUAUUCAAAGGCUUGCUAUCAUAUUCGGUGUGUUGACACUUGUAUCGUUCUUGUGGUUGCAGUUAUUUGUAAAAGAACGCAGAUAG